AUGAUAGAGGUGGUGUUGAACGACAGGUUGGGGAAGAAGGUGAGAGUGAAAUGCAACGAAGAUGAUACGAUAGGGGACCUCAAGAAGCUGGUCGCUGCUCAGACUGGUACCCGACCCGACAAGAUCCGCAUCCAGAAGUGGUACACCAUCUACAAGGACCAUAUCACUCUCAAGGACUACGAAAUUCACGAUGGCAUGGGCCUCGAGCUGUACUACAACUAA